AUGAAUAAUAUAAAGACAUUGGGCAAUCAGAAGUCGCUCAUAAAAUUGGGGGAAGUACCGUCAGUGUUACGAAAGUUACGUGUUCGAAUUGAUUUCUCCGAUCGACAAUCAGUUGAUGUAGACGCUGUUGUGCAGGACAGUCUUCCAGGUGGAUCCUGCAUUGGAACUGUUGUGGGCUGUCACGGCACACCGGGCUCACAUAAUGAUUUUAAAUAUAUCUUGCCAUAUUUGCACAGAUACGGAAUUCGUUUUAUAGGCAUUAAUUUUCCUGGUCAAGGCUACACCCUACAUCACGAAGAAUUAAGUUAUACCAGUGAGGAGCGUAUGCAGUUCGUUCAAAAAAUCAUUAAUUCAAUGAAUAUUGGCGAUAACAUUGUGUUCUUAGGUCAUAGCAGAGGAUCAGAAAAUGCUCUUCGGUUGGCCGCAAGAAAUCCGGAUCGGUGUAAAGGUGUCGCAUUGAUAAAUCCGGUAGGUGUUAAGCUUCAUCACAGCAUUAAGACUACAUGGAUGAUCGCUUUUGGAUUGUGGCUUUGGGAAACGUUCAGGAUAUUUCGUUUCAUUUUACGGUGUUUAUUUUAUACAAUAUUGCAAGUGCUGAGAAUGAAAGUGAAAAGUGGUGAUGAGGCUGUAACUUGUCUUAAAUUAAUGGCUAAUAUUGACCUAAUUGGUCAAAUGAGCUAUAUUAACAUGCUGAACAACAACAAAACAAAAGUUUUAAUAGCUUACUCGACUAUGGAUCAUCUCACCGAAAUAUCUGUCAGUCAGCAAUUUGCGUCUCUUUUUGAUAAUAUUAGUCAUAUGGUAGGCAAUACUUGGCCAUAUGUAUUCUUUUUAUUCUCAUAA